AUGGCGACCCUGGCGGAGAAGCUCGAGAAGAUUAAGUCUCCCAAACUGCAGAAUCAGCACCAUACAGCUGUGGUGCUCUCUGCAGUGGAGGAUACCCUACGUGACCAAAAAGCAGACUUCUCGGCUACGGCUUAUUUUGCUGCGCUCCUCGCUUUGCUAUCCCAAUCGCUGUCCGCCGCCCAAGGCAUUGUUAACAAGGACCUGGCCACCUCCGUCGUCUACCUUCUCGACAUCACCACAGCCUAUGUCCCCGCCCCGAUCCUUCGCUCCAAGUUUUCACAGAUCCUCACCAGUCUUGCCCCCGCCCUUUCCCUGCCCGAAGUCGAAGCUCCUCUCCUCAGACCGUCAAUAGGCUGCCUCGAGUCGUUACUCAUCGCGCAAGAUUCGGCCUCAUGGAAUCUCCCCCACACCCAAAUCAGUCCGCGACGUGCGAUUGCGGGAUUGCUGAGUUUAGCCGUGGACCACCGCCCAAAGGUGCGCAAGAGGGCUCAGGAUGCUUUGAUCAAGGUCCUUAAGACCCCGCCCCCCAGCCCCUCGCUCGACCACCCCGCCGCAGAUAUGUGUGCAGAGACUGCAAUGCGAACACUGGGCGAUAGCAUAACAGCCGCGGCCAAGCAGAGACGGGGACGCCAUGAUCCUCAUGGUCGGGAGAAUCAUGAUCCUCUGGUCAUCCACUCCUUGCAGUUAGUGAAGACAGUCGCGACCGCGUCAGGUGGAUGGCCGAGCAAGAAGAUUGAGCAGCUGUGCGAGCUGCUAAUGAAUGCGUCCCGGUCGUCGAACGAGUACAUUACCAUGGGCGCUUUCGAGGUGUUCGAAGUGAUUUUCUCUAGCAUGGCCGACGAGUUUUCGUCCUCCAAGCUGCCUCGUCUGCUGGAGGCGAUAUCAGAGCUCCGACCUGCGCAGAACGACUCGCAGCUGCUCCCUCCAUGGAUUGCGGUCCUGUCUCGCGGCUAUGAUGUGUCUGCUCAGAUUAGCCCUGAGGAUACGUUUGAAAAACUGCCCUCCUUGUUUGACAUGGUUUCUAGCUAUAUGGCCUCUCCUUCGUGCAACAUCCGCGUGUCAGCGUCAGAGUGUUUAGUCUCUUUUAUGUCUAAUUGCAUCCCCAAUACCGUGAUCAUUGAGCCCUCGAUUUACGACGAAAAAACGCUUGAGAAGUUGGCAAGGUCCGGGACCGAUCUGCUCUCGGUCAAGUACCAAGCAGCAUGGGCAGAAGUGUUCAAUGUCUGCUCGGCAAUGUUUGACAGCUUCAAGUGGCGUUCGAGCCCGUUUUUGGAUGACAUCGUGAAGACAGUUGGCGAGCUUCGGAGCAAUGAAUCAUUCCAUGGCAAGAAGGAAGCGGAUCAGGUCCUGGGUAGUGCCGUUGAAGCUAUGGGACCCGCCGCAGUCUUGGAGAUCUUGCCUUUGAACAUCACUGAGCAGAAGGCCGGCCAACCAGGCCGUGUCUGGUUUCUUCCCAUACUUCGCGACCAUGUCACCAACACCAACCUCGCCCAUUUCCGCUCCGAGCUUGUUCCCCUGAGCGAAGCUCUGUAUCAGAAGGUGAUGGAGUACAGUUCUGCGGAGAAGACCGUGGAGACUAAGAUCUUCGAAACACUCGUCCAGCAAACUUGGGCGAUUCUCCCCGGCUACUGCGAGCUUCCCUUAGAUCUGGUGGAAGCUUUCGAUCAAAGCUUUGCAGAGCUUCUUUCCAAUGUUCUCUACAAGCAAACCGAUCUACGUGUAGAUAUCUGCAGGGCACUACAGAACUUAGUCGAGUCAAAUCAGGCUAUCCUGUCUGUCGAGGCGGAUGGUGAUGAUCUCAUUCUCCAGCGGAGAAUCACCAUGGCCACUGCGGAGAAGAACAUUGCCCAUCUUGCUGGAUUCGCCAGCAACUUGUUAGCUGUAUUGUUCAACGUGUACAGCCAGACGCUUCCGCACUACAGAGGCUACAUUCUGCAAUGCAUCAAUGCCUAUUUGAGCAUUACCCCCGAAAAUGAGCUGAACGACACGUUCACACGCGUUACCUCAAUGCUCGAGUCAUCUGUGGCUUCAGAGCAGGAGGCUUCCAAACAGGGUAAUCAGCAGGGUGGUGCAGGUGACAAGAUGCCCCCGACUUCCCAUACCCUGAUCGAUCUGGUCAUUGCCAUGUCUAUCUACCUCCCUCGCUCGAGUUUCUCCAGCUUGUUCGCCCUUGCUGCUGCUAUCCUAAAUGGACAAACCGGUGAUCAGCAAUUGAUUAAGAAAGCCUACAAGUUGAUCCCCCGAUUGGCCUUGACGGAAACCGGAAGUGCUGCCCUUCGGGAGAGGACCUCCGAGCUGCAGGCCCUGAUUCUUUCGAGCGCCGACAAGACGCCCGCGUCCGCUCGCCGUGAUCGGAUGCUCGCUGUCUACGAACUCGUCACCUACUUGCCGACCUCUGAUUUGCACUUCAUUCCUUCCAUCCUCUCAGAGGUGGUCCUGGGCUGCAAAGAAAGCAAUGAGAAGGCCAGAACGGCCUCUUUCGACUUGCUUGUUCACCUUGCGAAGAGAACUGCUGAUACCGAGCGCAACCCAUCCGGCACCGUAAUCCGUAAUGCACUGGUGCCUCAUAUGCCUAACGACGCCCCAGAUGCCCCGGCGACAAUUGAGGAAUUCUUCACCAUGGUGUCUGCUGGUCUCGCUGGUAGCUCCCCACACAUGGUCGCUGCGUCUGUGACGGCUCUCUCGCGUCUGUUCUUCGAUUUCCAUACUCAGAUCCAACCCGCCGUGCGGAAUGACUUAGUACAGACAGUUGAGCUGUUCCUUACCAGCAACAACCGCGAAAUCGUCCGGUCUGUAUUGGGUUUUGUUAAGGUGGCUGUUGUUGUGCUCCCUGAUGAUAUUUUGCGCGCACGCCUGAACUCCCUAGUACCGAGCCUGAUGGUCUGGAGCAAAGAGCACAAGGGCCGUCUUCGCAGCAAGGUGAAGGGAAUUCUGGACCGCCUCAUCCGCCGAUUUGGUGCUACUCCAGUGGAAGAGCUGGUAGGCGAAGCAGACCGUAAGCUGGUGGUGAAUAUCCGGAAACAACGUGAACGAUCUAAGAAGAAGAAGAAGGACGGCGACAAGACCGGUGAGGACGAUGAGGAGGAGGACGAGGCCGCCGAUAAAAACAAUAACAAGGAAGGUCGUUCGUACAGUAAUGCUUUCGACAAGGCUGUUUAUGAUUCUGACUUCUCCGACUCGGACGAUGACGCUAGCGAAAUCGACGUCGACGAAGAGGGAGCUACCCACGCCCACAAGGGCCGCAGAGGCAAGAAGACCAAGCAGAGCGAGCAAUAUAUUCGUGAGAUGUCCCCCGAGGACAACCCGCUGGAUCUUUUGGCGCCGGAUGCCCUGGCCAAUAUCUCAACCACCAAGCCUAGUAUCCGGUUCCUCAACACCGGACCCGGAUCCCGCCGAAAGCGCUCUGCCAAGGUCGAUUCCCAAGGUCGUCUCAUCCUGGGCGAUAACAAUGGCGAAGACAUGGAAAUGUCCGGUGGUCUGGAUGGCGACGCGGGCGGCGAGAGUGGUGUCAACGCUUACGUCGCAGCCGUCAGCGGGCCUGACGCUAUCCGUCGUGGCCAACGCGGUAAGAUCAAGAUGGGCCAGGCACAACAGAAGAAGAGGUUCCAGGGAGAUAACAUGGACUUGGACGAGGACGAGGACGCCGCCGCCGCCGCAUCCUCAAAGCGGCCGGGCAAUGGUCCUCAGCGCCGCGGUCUGGGAACACCUAAAGCCCACGGCCCCAGUGGCGGUCGCAUCCAGAAACGCACGAGCUUUCGAGGCAAGCAGGGUGGACGAGGAGGAUUCAAGGCCGGAAAAAGGAGAUAA